AUGACCCUCAUCUUGACCAUCUUUCUCCUGGUGUUCGUGAACGAACUCAUAACCUGGAUAGGCAAAUCUGUCUUGCAACAGCUUGCAUGGGCUGUAUACGAGCGCGUGUUUUACUCAGGCUCGGCUGCUCGGCAACGCGCUCUGAAAACAGAGAUACUUGCGAGGAAGAAAGAGCUACAACAGACGAGUGCACAAGACCAAUUCGCUAAAUGGGCGAAACUGCGCCGAAGCGUCGAUAAGGGUUUGGCAGAUCUCGAGAAGCUCAACAGCGAGACUAGCGGAGCAAAGUCCUCGUUCAACAUGAAGUUCAACUCGGCUUUGUGGAUCCUUACGACUGGCGCGCAAUUCGCUCUGGGUUGGUGGUACCGCAGCUCUGCGGUGUUCUUCCUCCCGCCAACGUGGUUAGGCCCGCUGACGUGGUGGCUGUCGUUUCCUUUCGCACCGUCAGGGUCGGUGAGCUGUGGCGUAUGGCAGAUGGCUUGUCGUCGUGUUCUCAAGGUCGGCGAACGUGUUGUAAGAGAUCUCAUGGGAACAGAUGGAACUCUGCCCUCGGCGGAUCCGAAGGCAGAAGCCUCAGGCUCAGAGCCUGUCGCGGAAAAGAAGACACAAUAA